AUGGCCAGCGACUCGGACGUCGACGCAAUUUUUGCCAACACGUUUGUCGUGGGCGGAGAUGCGGAAAGCAUGCAGACGCUGGGUAUCGCCGAUCAUCCGCGCAAGAAGCGGGCGCAUCGCAAGAGCCGCCGCGGCUGCAUGGCAUGUAAGAGGCGCCGGGUCAAGGAAGAGUUUGUCAUGUCGACAGUCCUAUGUCUAGCGGUAACGCACCUGACGGCACUGCGACCUCAACAGGACGCCAAGUACGCCAACGCCUCCGCGCGGCUGCUGUCCAAGUCCCUGCGCCUCCUCCGGCAGAACCUCUCGCGGGCCUUCACCAAGGACACGUGCAACGCCAUCGUCGGGACGGCCAUACUCGUCAACUACAUCUCGUGGUGCCAUCUCGACUUCCUCGACGGGCAGCGCAACGAUGACGCCGACACCGCGCUCGACCUGUCGCGGGACCAGCUCAUUCUUCUCAGCCCGGGCGUCCUACAGGUCUUUUUCCAGGCUCUGCCCGUCUUCGUGGCGGAGAAGAGUGACUUCCUGACGAUUGUUCACCAGCACCCCCGGCUCAACAUCGAAGACGCCCUGCGGAAACGAGGCGUGGACCCGGCUCGCUUCGUGCAGCCGUUCAUGGCAAUCUACGACGACCCGAACUAUCAGACUCGCGGGCCGAUUCGAACAGAAAAGACGACCUCCUGGGCCGACCCCUCGCUUCACUCAUGGCGUUUUCUUAUGGGCCUGGAGACGGAGCUCUCGUCCAACGACUCGACCCAGCAUACCGACGCAGAGAGGGUCGCCAACAGUCUCAGAGUAGCCGCGGAGAACUCUAGGGCAAGAAACGGCCCCGUCGUCGAGGGCAAGAACCGCGACAUCAUCGUAUCAUCUUGCGGCCGCUCUGAGCUAUCGGUCCUGCCUCCAGACGACUCCGUCCGAACGGCAUACGAGCUCGUCGCGCGCCGGCUCUCCACCCUGUUAUCGUGCGCGCUCCUCCCGCCGGUAGGCGACGACGACGUCCACCCCACCGCCGUGCCGUCACGCGCAGACGUCCAGAGGUUCUUCUUUGUGUUCCCCAUCCUUUGCUCGGGGACCUUUGCGCAGAUGGCCGUGGACGGCGACGCGCGCGCCCUGGUGCUGCUCUUCCACUUUUACCGCGCGGCCCGGACGCUGCUCGCCGGCGUAGGACAGGGCUGGUGGGCUGCAGAGCGCAGUCGAGUCCUAGAGGCCUUGCUGCUGAGAGAGUUGGAGUCGCGAGGCUUGAGCGCAUGCUUGAGAGAUGAUGGUCGUGACGGAGAGCUGGGGAGCAACUGGGAGGCGGGCCACAGCUGCAUUGAACUGGGAAGGCAUCCCGGCGAGGCGGGAUCAAGCCACCGGUUUUAGCCCAAGGGAAUGAACAUAUCGCAGGCCG